UUGAACACUCAGUGGAUCAUUCUCACUCAGGAGGGAUUUCAUCGAACAUUGUUAAAAUUCCUCGGCCCACGAUCUGUGGUGGAGAUCCCCUGCUUUGACCGCGAUGGAAGAAAUACUACCAAUUGUUCCUUGUUGCCUGCUUGGGAGACCAUAUCCAAGGAUACGAAUGUUAGCCUCACCAACAUGAAUGGCGGUUCAGCUCUCAACUACUUACUACUGGGCUUCUGUAACAUAUUUUGGAUACCUGCAGCUAAAAGACUUGGUAACAGGUUUGUGUUUCUAGCUACGACCCUAAUUUGCAUGUGUGCCGGUAUUUAG